ACAAUUGUGUCAAAAGCGGGUCAUAUUGCAACAAUUCCUCUUAAUGAGCAAAGAACUGUUACUGCGGAUUGUCAUAAUCGACCCCGAAAGAAGAAUAAUUCUCCACCAAGACAAUGCAAGCUCGCACACAGCCCCAAAAACAAGGCAGUAUUUAACGGAAGAAAACGUGGAAUUAUUGGACCAUCCUCCAUAUAGUCCCGAUGUAAGUCCGAACUUUCCUGAAAAUUAAAAACAGACUGCGUAGUCAAAGGUUCCAGUCACCAGAAGAAGCAGUUAACGCAUUCAAAAAUGCCGUUUUGGAUCUGCCAGCAAACGAGUGGAAUAAGUGCUUCGAAAAUUGGUU